UGCUCCUCCCCCGCCGGCGCUCCGGCCCGGCCCGGCGCGGGCGGGCACUAUGCGCAGGCUCGGUCCGUGGCUCAAGAUGGCGGCGGCGGAUAAACAAAAGCACGAGCACGGGCGGGUGAAGAUCGGGCACUACAUCCUGGGCGACACGCUCGGCGUCGGCACCUUCGGCAAAGUCAAGGUUGGCAAACAUGAGUUAACUGGGCAUAAAGUUGCAGUGAAGAUCCUGAAUCGACAGAAGAUUCGCAGCCUUGAUGUUGUAGGAAAAAUCCGCAGGGAAAUUCAGAACCUCAAACUCUUCAGGCAUCCUCAUAUAAUUAAGCUGUACCAAGUCAUCAGUACACCAACUGACAUUUUCAUGGUGAUGGAAUAUGUUUCGGGAGGAGAACUGUUUGAUUACAUCUGUAAAAAUGGAAGGCUUGAUGAGAAGGAAAGUAGACGUCUGUUCCAGCAAAUCCUUUCUGGUGUGGAUUACUGUCACAGGCAUAUGGUAGUACAUAGAGAUCUGAAGCCUGAAAAUGUGCUGCUCGAUGCACACAUGAAUGCCAAGAUAGCUGACUUUGGUCUAUCAAAUAUGAUGUCAGAUGGAGAAUUUUUAAGAACAAGCUGUGGUUCCCCUAACUAUGCUGCACCAGAAGUAAUUUCAGGAAGAUUAUAUGCAGGUCCAGAAGUAGAUAUUUGGAGCAGUGGGGUUAUUCUCUAUGCUUUGUUAUGUGGAACGCUUCCAUUUGAUGAUGAUCACGUGCCAACGCUUUUUAAGAAGAUAUGUGAUGGUAUCUUUUAUACCCCUCAGUACCUGAAUUCGUCUGUAAUUAGUCUUCUGAAGCACAUGCUGCAAGUGGAUCCAAUGAAGAGAGCAACCAUCAGAGACAUUAGGGAACAUGAAUGGUUUAAGCAGGACCUUCCGAAAUACUUGUUUCCUGAAGACCCAUCAUACAGCUCUACUAUGAUUGAUGAUGAAGCCUUAAAAGAAGUGUGUGAGAAGUUUGAAUGCACUGAAGAGGAAGUGCUAAGUUGUCUAUACAGCAGAAAUCAUCAGGACCCUUUGGCAGUUGCUUAUCACCUCAUUAUAGAUAACAGAAGAAUAAUGAACGAGGCCAAAGACUUCUACUUGGCUACAAGCCCACCGGAUUCUUUUCUUGAUGAUCACCAUCUGUCUCGCCCUCAUCCUGAAAGAGUGCCAUUUCUAGUAGCUGAAGCACCACGUCCUCGCCACACUCUUGAUGAGCUGAAUCCACAGAAGUCAAAACACCAAGGUGUAAGAAGAGCUAAGUGGCACUUGGGAAUACGGAGUCAGAGUCGACCAAAUGAUAUCAUGGCUGAAGUUUGUCGAGCAAUUAAACAACUGGAUUAUGAAUGGAAGGUUGUAAAUCCAUACUAUCUACGUGUUCGAAGGAAGAAUCCAGUAACAAGUGCAUAUUCCAAAAUGAGUCUACAGUUGUAUCAGGUGGACAGCAGAACAUACCUACUGGACUUUCGUAGCAUUGAUGAUGAAAUUACUGAAGCGAAGUCUGGGACUGCAACUCCACAGAGAUCGGGUUCUGUGAGCAACUACAGAUCCUGUCAAAAAGAUUCAGAUGCUGAUGGGCAAGGAAAAUCUGCAGAUACAUCCCUUACCUCAUCAGUGAGCUCUUCGCUUGACUCUUCUACAGCUGACUUAACUCCAAGACCAGGGAGUCAUACAAUAGAAUUUUUUGAGAUGUGUGCAAAUCUUAUUAAAAUACUUGCACAAUAAUUUUGAAGAUGGGCUUAUUUCUUUCGUAGCAAUAAGCAUGCCUAAAUCAUAGUCAGAUGCUUCCAAUUAUAAUCAAGUUAAAUUAACUAAGAGGCUGAAAAAGCUAGCCACAGAAUAUGAUUUGCACAGGGAUUAAAAUGAUUAUGGGCAGUUAAAGUAUAUUAUUUUGAAGCUGGAGUGAAUUCUGAUUGUCUGCUGUCCAAUAGCAUAAUACAGGUACAGGAAAUCACAUGCCCUUGGGGCAGUGUUCAUAACCUUUUACAUUGAUCGCACAUUAGGCUGCAUAUAACAUUUAAGUUAGACGGACCUUCUUGUUUUUUCACUGGUAAUACAUACAUCUGAUGCACUGUAAGUAAAUGUACACUUACUAGUUCAGUGACCUAAGUAUGACUUGUUGGUUACCAUCUACAGUUGUGCCUCAGUUGGUCAGAACUAUCAACAUCUAUCUUCUAACAGUAAUGUGUUAAACCUGCUGUGUUUCUUCCCCCUUACUUGACAGUAAAUGAUAAAGAAUAGUUUAAUGUGUUACAAGGUACUACUUUUAACAACUGAUAAAUUUGAUUAAAUGCGUACAAAUCCAACCAGUUGGAAAUGCAUGUUAGGUGCUCUGUAACGCACUAAUGGUGAAAUUCUGUGGGCUGUGACUAGAACAACUGAGUCCACAACAAUGGCGAGAGACUUAAUGCUGAGAAGACUUGGCACUCCGUGGGCUAAAAUGAAAUGUUGCUCUGUGAAGGAGAACUGUUGGCAAGCUCCAGAUCUGUGCGUAUACUUUAGUGUGGUAGCAGCACAGCAGCUCCCCACUGCUACUGCAGGCUGAGGAUCCUUUUCCUUAGAAACAUGUGCAUGUAGUUAAGAGCACAGCCUAAGGGCUGUUGCGUGCUAUUCCAGAAUCUGAAAUUGACAGUUUUUAAAAAAUAUAUGUUAAUACUUUGAUACAGCUGUUUAUCACAUGUUAACUUAGCAUAUACUAUGUAGAAUUCACUUUGCAGUUGAAACUACCUGUAUAGGUUAGGUUUUCCCAGGCCACCCUUAUAGCAAACUUUGCUAUUUAAUUUAAUUGUGAAAUUAAAUAGUCCAACUUUUCAGUUGAAUGUUGAAAACUGAUCACGACAAAUUGAGUGCUAAUAUUCAAAAAGUUUUCAACAGUAGAUUGCAAUUACCAAUAAUAUAAAUCCUUCUGCAUUUAUGGUUUUUGCAAUGUUUCAGGAAGAAAACAGAACCUUGUAUGUUAAAAUCACAGCAAGCACUUGCAUAAAAACAUUUACUUGCAAAUUGGAUAUCAUUAGCCACAGUUCCAUUUUCAUCUAGCACUAAUAGGCAUAAACAGUAAACUAGAUGUCAUAAAAUGUUUAGUUUUGCAGUCAAGAACUAAUGUUUUUUUCAAAAUAAACUUUAAUGACCUAUUCAGUUUCAAAGGUUGCUCUCCCAGGGAGAGACUGGAAAUCAAGACAUUGCUAUGAACAGUGAAAGCUGGACUCUUAAAAUGGAUGGGGAUUCUUGCCAAUGACUGAGAUUUCAUCCAUGGAAAACUGCUAGCUACAAAUGUAAGAACAGUUUAAUCCAGGCCAGCUGGCUUCAGUCCAGAAAUUCAUCUGUUACGAACAUGCACAGAAUCUGAAGAAACAAAGCUGCUUUAAGUCCCAGAACUGCUGUAACUGUAUCCUAAACUGGGCGAUUGUGUGGUCUGUCUAGUAUGUAGGUACAAGUUACAACUUCAGUUCUUUAUCCUCAAGUGUCACGCAUGGUCCCUGUAAUGCAAGGUGGAAGAUUUUCCUUAGAUAAAGCUUUGGGUUUAAAUUCCUGAGAUUGAGAAGUCAACGUGAGGGACCAGCUGCAAAUCCUACAUUUAAGUCCUGUUUUGAGUCUUGCUAAGAAUUGGUUCUGAUGUACUGAAUAAAUCAGUGUGUUCAUUUUUGUUACCCUUUUAUUUUGAAAUUGUUAAAUAUUGCACUUGUACAAAUAGAACAAACACACAGCUUUUUUAACUGUAGUAAUUCCUCAUCUGCAGUUGGUUUGGGAUCACUCUUGUGUAUGUUAAAGCAAGUAUAAAUGAUGUCUCCUCCUUGUAAUGCGGAUCACAAAUGCAAGGUGUCAAGAUGCAAAUAGCUUUUAAUUUUUAUAUACUUUUUUGUCCCUCUUUGCAUUAAGACCACCAUGGUUUUUCCUUUGUCUUACUAUCUGGAGGUUAAAGUAAGUUUCUGGCAGAAGUGCACUGUAUGCUUAGUUUUAAAUAAAGUAAAUUUUACUGGCAUGAUAAAUCAGUUUUGAUGGCCAAAAGUUUUCUGAUUGAACUGAGAUUUUUAUAGGGGGUGAGGGAGGGAGAAAGGGGCCUGACAACCUACUUUAACCCAGAACAGCUGUCUGUUGUGUGACUUUCCUAUGCUUUGUAGUUCUUGCCGUUGAAACUGGUUUCUUCACAUGUUCCUACUGAUCUUGCAGACCUUUUUUUAGGAUCGCACUAGUAUCUGCCAAUAGGCUGUGAACAGAACUUCACCGAGAAAGCUGCCAGGGUUGUAAGGAGGCAGCUUAUGCAAAUACACACAUUGGUCAAGUAUGUUACUCUGUAUUCCCAAGCUUACUCCGUUGGAGUACCUUGAAUUAUCUUGCCUUUGUAUUGUAAUUUUUUUCAAAAACAUGGAUGAACCUGAUUGUCCAUGUGCAAUGUAAGUCAAUAGGUAAUGGAUAAAAAUUCAUCUUGGUGGUGCAAUAUUUAAAAAAAAAAACAACCAACUUUCAUGUUUGUCUUUAUAUGAGUGUUCAAUACAACCUUGGAAAUAAAUUUUAUUUUACCGGUUGAUUACCAUUGUAA